UGGGAAGUCUGGUAGGAUCACGGGGGGCUUGGUGAACGCAGGGCACGCCACUGGCAUUUCGUUCUGCUGGCACCAUGGGUCUUGGCCUCAUGAGCACACUGUGGAACCCACGUCGCAGUUGUCCAUGUCCUGGAUGGGGAUUUGUGACAGGGGUCUAGAGAAGCGGUUGAGGUCAAGGGCAGAGAUGGAGCUGGGGUUUGGGGAACAGGGACUGGAGGAGGGGGGUGGAGACAAAACACGUAGGUUUGGGCUCCGAAUGGGGUUGUGGGCGAAGGCUGGGCUGGACGUCAGGGUUAGAGAUGGGAGUGAGGGUGCAUUUGGGAUCAGAGAUGGGGAUGAGGUUGGGAUUGGGGUCUGGGUGGAGGUGGAGACGUGGCUGUGGCUGGAAAUGGAGACUAGGCUGCAGCAGUGUGGUGUAGGUGGAUGUGGACCCGAGGAACUCUACUCUUUCCCAGCGGACAUGGUCUCUUCCUGGGAGGAGGACCGCAAGUUCAUCCUGCGGGGCUGGUCUCUGGUCUUCAGCAUCCUCGCAACCCUGAUGAUGCUCAGCGUGGUGGAUGGACGUCUGGCUUACUUGCAGGGCUCUUACACUGGCUACCUGGGCUUCUGGACAGACUGCAGGAAGUACGAGUGUGUCAGCCUGCGCCAAGUCACCGUUCUCAUCCAUAUGAGCAUGGGCUUCAUGAUGCUGGCCCUGACCCUGUGUCUCAUCCUCCUCCCCUUCAUGUGCCUCUCCUUCCGGCCAGUCUUCCGACGCCUUACUAAGAUCGACCUUGUCUUCAGUUUUCUCAGCUUCAGCACUGGGUUCCUGAUCGUUCUCAGUCUGACGCUUUUUGUAGUCAACUGUGAGACGCUACACCCGAGGCCACAGGUAUCCUACCUGGUGACCACCUACCUGUGCUGGGGCGCCGGCGCCUUGAUGCUGUUGGCCGGAAUGCUGAACUACUUAAACCACUUGGGCAUGUGGGGCAGAAGUUCGCCCUUCGUGGAGCGGCGUCUGAGCUGCCGUCGGUGGGUCUCGCAGCAGAACGCUCGGAGACGCGCGUCCGAACUGCAGUCCGACGCGGACCGCAAGCUCAGCCGGGACCUGUCCAGUGCACUCACCCCCGAGGGGCGCCCCCUCGAGCCUCUCUAAACAGUUGCACCCGAGCUUCGCAGGAAACUGACCGGUAACCGCAGCCAACAUACCGGGCCCGCCCCCUCCGUCGUGGCCCCGCUGCCAAAGAACAGGCCGUGCCUUCUGAGGACAGGCGACAAACCCCCACCCCUCGAGCUUGGGGUUUCCCUUUUCGGCUCUGUUCCCGCCCACGGAGUCCUCAACCUGCCUUCCCUCCUACAGCGUGACACCGCCCCCUUCAGUUCUGUGCGCGGCGUGCCGCGCAACCGGCUGGUGUGGCCCCGCCCCUGGGCCUGGCUAGGGCCCGCCCCUGGAUGGUUGGCCCUCUUAGGCCACGCCCCGACGUUGCAUUCCACGGUCUCGACACCUACCCCUCAGAGGGGGAGCCCCGCCCCUGGAUAGCCAGUCGGGACCCCGGGCCGGUCACAACGCUCACGGCCUCUGGAUGUAGCUCCGCCCUUCUGCGGAACAGGCCCCUCCCCAGAAAGGCGUGGCCUGCAAACACAUUCCCCCUCCCCCCCCACUUCCGGACUUCUCUGCCACAAUAAAACCUGGGUGCCUCAC